AUGGUCAAAAUCGCUAUCGCCGGCGGCUCCAGCAACGUUGUCAAUGAAAUAAUCGAUGGCCUCUCUGCUACUAAGAGUCAUGACUUCGUGAUUCUAGAAAUCCCGGUUGCUAUAGAGCCUCCCGGAAAGAGAUGGGUCAAGGCAGACUAUGGAGACCCGGAGCAGCUGGCUUCUUUCCUGGAAGGAGUGCACACCGUUUUGUCCUUUGUCUCCACUCAGGAUAAUCCAUCCACCACGCCGCAGAAGAAUCUCAUCAACGCCGCAGUUCGAGCGAAUGUGAAGCGCUUCGCUCCUAGUGAAUGGGCUUCUUCCACACUUGACCAUCUGAGCUGGUACACUUACAAGAGAGAGAUUCGCAGAUUCCUUGGAGAGUUGAACAAGGACAGCAAGGUCCUCGAGUACAACCUCUUCCAGCCAGGGAUGUUCAUGAAUUAUCUCACCCACCCUUACCCAUCGGCCAAACAUGUCCACUCUAUGGAAUUGCUCUUCGACUACUUGCAAAUGACUACACAGCAAUAG